CCACGUGUUCGCCCGAGACACGCGUUGGUUGUCCGGGCGUGUCCUGUUGUCAGGCCCCCAGGUGUGUGGGUCCCGGCGCGCCCCCGCCCUCUCGGCCAUGGGGGGCCCCAAGAGGAAGGCCCCGGGCGGCCAGGACGGCGCGGCUCCCCCAGCGGGCGCAGCCAAGCGGGCCCGCACCGAAGAGCUCACGGGCGUGCGCUUCAAGGCUCAGCUGAGGGACCCGCAGGGCGCUGGGCCGGCCUUGGAAGCCUUUGUUUCUGCGGCCAAGAAGCUGCCACGAGAAGAUGUGUAUGAUGUCGUGGAGGGGUACCUAAAGAUUUCUGUUGAGUGUGCAGAGAUUUUCCAGCUCCUGAGUGGGGAGAAGCGCCCUGAAAGUGAAAUGCUUUUAAUAUUUCAAGUUUUCGAGGCCAUAUUAUUGCGGACAGCCAGUGACCUUUCCCAUUUUCACGUGGUGGGAACCAACAUCGUGAAAAAGCUAAUGAAUAACCACAUGAAGCUCAUCUGUGAGUCCCUGUAUGCUUCGGGUUACAGGAUGGCUCGAGCCUGCCUCAACCUGAUGGCCGCCAUGGUGACCCAGGGUCCCGAGGCUGCCAGGGACGUCUGCAGCCAUUUCGAUUUGAAUAAAAAGACCUUGUACACGCUGGUGACCAAGAGGGAUUCAAAGGGAGUGCAUGACGUCCGGCUGGCCUACAUUCAGUUCGCUCUUUCCUUCUUGAUCGCAGGCGACGACAGCACAAUCGCACAAGUGCUGGAGUUGAAAGAAUUUAUUCCUUGCAUUUUUAGCUCAGGCAUGAAGGAAGAUAGGCUCUCUACCAUCAAUAUGUUGUUAUCCACACUGAAAACAAAGGUGGUUCACAAUAAAAAUAUCACAAAAACCCAGAAGGUGCGUUUCUUUACCGGGCAAGUGCUGAACCACAUAGCGUCUCUGUACAGCUGGAAGGGGAUUGUCGACGUGAGCCUGGAGAGCGUCGAGACUUCCGCUGAAGACGCAGGGAAAACCAUGGUGAGGGAGCUUGUUCAUAACUUCCUGAUGGAUCUCUGCUGUUCGCUCAAGCAUGGGAUUAAUUUUUAUGACGCGUCUCUUGGUACCUCCGGCAGGAUGAAUUCACUUAAUGAAGUUGAUCCUGGUGACUGGCAGAAAUUUGUGAAGACCGGACUCAAAUUUCGGUAUCAGGACCAUGCAUUCUUGAAGGCCCUUCAUGCUGCCGUCCAGCUCCUGUAUCUCCCGGAAAGCUCCGCGCACUCGCGGCUCACUCAGCUCUCGGUGGUCCACACGAUGCUCACCCAGCACUCCCUGUUCCUGCCCACUUUGCUGACGGCUGGAGAGGAGGAAACCCCAGGCAGCCCCAUCAGAGAAGCGCUGGUGGACCUAAUGUCGGUGGCGGUGAGGCUGUGCCCCUCUGUCUGCGAGAGCAGCCACUUCGCGGUGCUCCUCGGGGCCUACGGAGCCUCUCUCAGCGUCCUGGACCAGAAGAUCUUACUUCUCCUGCGGGCCUACGAACAGAACAACCAUAGCCUGGUCAGCUUCAGGCUGCUGCCCUGGGGCCCAGCGGCCGUGGAGCAUCAGAAGACGUGUCAGAGCCUGGGCAAGUCACUGUGGCAGCAGCCAAGCGUCGGGGACAUCCUUCGCCUGCUGGAUCCGGACCGCAUGAUGAAGACUGUCCUCCACUUCCCCCAGAACCGGAGGCUGCUGCCCCCCGAGGACACACAGGAACCGAUAUUUAAAGACAGGAGCAUGAUGGAUCUCAGUGACCUUUAUGACCCCUGUUUCCUCCUUCAUCUCUUCAGUGAAUUGACCAGGCCAGAAUUUGUGGUGGAUUGUCGGAAAUUUGUGGAUUCAAAUGCUCUGGGCCUAACUGUCACAGCCCUCAGCAGCUACGACGCCCCGAUGCGAGCCGCGGCCUACUCUGUGCUGGCAGCCUACUACUCACAGCUGGAGGGGGCACGCUUCCGGGAGCAGCCCCAGGUACUGUACCUGUUGGACGUAGUCCGCAAUGGGAUCCGAACUAAGAACAUGAGACUCACCUUCACCUUGACUCUCUUUAUCGCCAAAGCAGCCUUGCAAAUUUUGAAACCAGAGGAGCACAUGUAUUUGAAGGUCAACAAGUUCCUGCUGUCCCAUGAGUACCUGAACAUGAACAAAGUUCCAGGCUUCUACCAGUUCUUCUACAGCUCGGACUUCGAGCAGAAGACGGAGCGGGAGUGGAUGUUCGGGCUUCUGCGCCAGGGGAUGCGGGACAAGCACUGCUACGAGCUCUGCGCCAGGCGGGGCGUCCUCCACGUCAUCCUGUCCUUCUUCAGCAGCCCGCUCUGCGACGACGUGGCCCAGAAUUGGAUUUUGGAAAUUCUGCAGAAUGCUGCCCGGGAUGCCAAAUCUGCCUAUGAGAUCCUGCGGGAUUACAGCCUCUUAACGUGGAUCCUACACAUCCUGGAGGGCAAGUUCCUGGAGACUCAGCUGCUCUCCAGCCUCAUCUCCCUGCUGCACACGCUGUGGGUGACCACCCUGGGGGACAGAGGCGCGGAGGCAGGGGAGCAGCCUCCUCGCAAGCCUGGGUCCCAGGAGCCCCCGAAGCUGCUCGCCCUGCACUUGGUCGACGAGUUCCUCUACGUUCUCCUUGUACUCACGAAGCACCUGAGGCCCGCCUUGGCCUCCACCCAGCUCACCAGCUUCUUCGGGGCACUCGACUCCGUGCUGAGGUACCGGGCCACCGUGCUGCAGGCCUUCAGGGACAUGAACCGCUUCACCGUGAACGAGACUGUGCUGUCCACCAGGGAUGCCCUCGUCCUCCUGCACCAGUGGAGCCUCGUCGAGAGAGACGUCAGGCUCCAGGAGGACCUGAGAGCAGCUGCGGAGAGAUGCCAAGUCAGGGAGCUGCUGAAAAUGCUCAAGGAUAAGAACAAGCCAGUUGGGACAGCCCGAGCCAAAGGCCCCCGGGGCCGGAAGCGGAGACCCGGGGAGGCCGAGGAGGCGGUGGACCCCGGGUUGCCGGCGUCCACCUUGGAGGCGUGCGGGGGCCUCCUGAGGUCCAUCCUCACCCACUGGGGGCCCGCGUUUCCUGACCCCGAACCUGAGAGCGAAGGCCCAGGCCCCGGGGACGCCGUCACCGCCCUGGUGGCCGGCUGGGUGCUGCGCUCCGCGGCCGCGAGCCCGCUCGGCCGGGCGGAGACGGCGGGCCUCCUGGGCUGGCUCAGGAGCCGCAUCUUGCCGCGGCCGGCAGUCGUGGCUGACCUCCUCCAGGACAGCGCCGUGGCGAGCGGCGUGUUCAGGCUGUACAGCCGGUUCUGCGGCGCUGAGGGGCUGGCGGGGCCCGAGCAGGGCGCGGCCGGCCUCUUCAACGCCGUCAUGCUGCAGCUGGGGGCGGCGCACGGCCCCCCCGAGAGCCGCUACCGGCCGAUGCUCGAGGCCGUCCACCUCUCUUCUCUGAACGCGGAGGAUGCAGCCACGCGAGCCACUGCUGCGUUCCUGGUGUCUCUGUACAUUAAGGACGUCUGGCUGGGGGCCCAGCGGCCAGACACCCUCUUGACCCACGUCCGGAUGGUCCUCGACGCCUCGGAGGACGUGGAAGGUGGUGAUGAGGAGGCCGUUGUCAGGCUCUGCAAGGACAUCGCGGCCGCGAUCCCUGACACUUAACCCCCUGCGGCUGGCGCUUCCGGCUCCAGGCUCUAGGAGUCAGGUGGAGUCAAGGGUUUCCAUGGAAGGCCUGCGAGAUGACAAUCUCUGAAUGUUGACCAGGUGUCCUGACAGGAAAAGUUGGCUUCGUUUAACUGACUGAUAAAUAAUAAGCUCAAGGGACCACGUGUGCGAAGCGGUCAGGGUUACAGUGGACUUGGGGACCUUCGGGCCGUGAGCCCCGGUCAGCGAAGACCCUUCCUCUUAGGGGCGCAUUGUUCCUCAAAUACCACAAAUCGAGGUGGCGCUUCUGAGCGCUUAAGGGAUUCAGGGACUUUAAAGCUGAAGUGUCCAGAGAUACAUCAGACAGAAGAGCAAGAAGAGAGACGUUUAAAGUUUGCCUUAAGGCUUUAAAAUAAAGCUUUGUGUAACUUUUUGAAUAAAUAAGCCCUGCCAGUGUUGUGUUAAAUUAUUUUAGUAAAUAAAAAGGAUGUUACACUAAAUCCUUAAAGUAUAAAAUUGUUUUGACUUCUGCUUUGGAAAGACAGCCUAUAUUUUUAAAAAUUCUUUUUCAAAGGGGGAUUUAGAAUUUUUUAACUUGUUAA